UCAUCUGCGCGUCACUUCACAGCGCGUAGGGCACGACCAACAUCCAGCAGCGCCAAAAGACCAAGAUUUUGUUUUAAUUCUUUUAAAAGCCACGGUGCUAUUUUUCUUCUUUUGUAUCAUUUCAUUGUUUUAAAUAUCCCCCAAAGAGUGGCGAGACUCCGAGUGUCCUCACAACCACCGUGCGCUGUUUCGCAGUCUGAGAGGACUUUACCGCUUGGAGUCACCUCUCGUUCCUCCUCAGAUCGUUUUGGAAACAUGUGAUGCGCUGCGACAGAUAGAGCAGAACGACAAUGAAGAGGUUAACCACACCUUUGAAAGCGGACAUCUCUUCAGUAGCCUCUUGACCAACUUUGUUGCGCAUUAAGAUGCGCCCCACAGAAGAGGAGUUGGAUGAGGAACUUUUUGCGCUCUUGUUGACAGAUAGUUUCCAGUGAGCUUUUGCCACCGUCAGAAAACAAGGACCUCCUAUGUAUUUAAGAAAUAAUCCAACUCGGUUUUGGCUGAGCUCGUCAGUACUUUAAAACGUUGCUGGGGAAUCUCCUCGAGGAUUUGCUGUGUUCACCAUGACGGUUCGUCUAUCGCGGAUCCAGCUGGCCCUGUUCUUUAUCUUGCUCUGUCCGGUCAAUAUCAUCGGACUCUGGUGGGCGGUGGGCAGUCCGCUGGUGAUGGACCCCAACAGCAUUUGCAGGAAGGCAAAGCGCCUAGCGGGGAAGCAGGCUGAGCUGUGCCAAACUCAGCCAGAGAUUGUCAGUGAGGUGGCCAAAGGAGCCAGGCUGGGUGUCAGGGAGUGCCAGUACCAGUUCAGGUACCGCCGGUGGAACUGCACCAGCCACAACAAGUACUUUGGCAAAAUACUGCAGCAAGAUAUCAGGGAGACAGCGUUUGUUUAUGCCAUCACGGCGGCUGGUGUGACCCACGCUGUGACCCAAGCCUGCAGUAUGGGAGACCUCCUGCAGUGUGGCUGCGAGGCGACCAGGAACAGAGCACCUCCAAGGCCGGCCUCAUCCUCCCAAUCUGGAGAUGGAGUCAAGUGGGAGUGGGGGGGCUGCGGAGAUGAUGUAGAGUUUGGUUAUGAAAAGUCGAAACAGUUUAUGGACGCCAAGAGGAGAAGAGGCAAGAGCGACAUCAGGACACUCAUUGACCUGCACAAUAAUGAGGCUGGGCGGCUGGCGGUGAAGCUCUACAUGCGGACAGAGUGCAAGUGCCACGGACUGUCGGGCUCAUGCACCUUGCGCACUUGCUGGAAAAAGAUGCCUCAUUUCCGUGAGGUAGGCGACCGCCUGCUGGAGCGCUUCAACGGUGCUUCCAAGGUGAUGGGCGGCAACGACGGCAAGACCCUGAUCCCAGUUGGCCAAAAUAUAAAGCCACCAGAUAAACAGGACCUCAUCUACUCUGACGAGUCGCCCGAUUUUUGCCUUGCAAAUCGGAAAACUGGUUCACUGGGGACACGGGGGCGCAUGUGCAACAGCACGGCCAUGGACAUCAGCGGCUGCGACCUGCUGUGCUGUGAGCGCGGCUACCGGGAGGAAACAGUGGUGUUAGAGGAGAACUGUCUGUGUCGUUUCCACUGGUGUUGCGUGGUCCAGUGCAAGAAGUGCUUGGUCCGAAAAGAGCUUAGUCUCUGUCACUGAUGAACUGAGGUUGACAGCGGUCAAUAUGACUUGGCUAAUAAAAUAUAUAAUUUUUUUUUGCUUUAGUUUGGCUAGUGUGAAAGAAGGACAGGGUUCGGAUUUCCAUGGUGAUCCUUUUGUUUCUGUCUUUUCACCAGUCACAUUCAGAUAACGCCUCAAAGAUGUUCAUUUCAAAUAAUAUUUGAUCCCGUAUUCUGCUGUUUGGUUCCCAGGAGUUUUGACAGAUGUAAGAGGUGCUAGCCAAAGAUUCAGAAGAUACCAAAAGUAAAUGCAUCCACAUGGCAGGGGGACUAAAAGAAGCAAAAUAGAAAAAUGUGUUUUUCUGAACUAGCUGUUUUUCUUUUUCUUGUACAUGAAAAAGGACCAAAGAAUGUUAAAAAUGUUAUUGUCCAUCUCAAUGAAAGAGAAGAAGCUAAUGAGCUGGCUGAAAGUUCAGUCUCAGACUGACUUAUUUUAAAAUGCAACAGCUAAAUAAAUCAGUGCCUCCAGGAUGUUGCAAUUGUAACAGUAUACGCAAAUUCAGCAAAUCUUUGUGCAUUCUGCACAACCUUGCCAUUGUGAAACCCUUUUAGCCUCCAAAGAUUAAUUACUGUUUUAUUUGUUAUUUUAAAGGACUACACCCCCCAAAUUGUAUAUCAACUGCUCGCCCAGUGUAACAUUGAAUUCAUUAAGUAAACUUUGUUUUUCUCGCAUGCCUCUGGUAAACAAAGAAUCCAAAAACUGAGGAAGUUCUUGGUGAAUCAAAGUCAUUGGGGUCCACAUUAAACAACAGCAAAACUACAUCAAAACAUCCAUUUAAAAACUCGGAGAAAGUGCGUGCAGUAUCUAAUCCAACUCUCUUUUAUCCAGUUGUAUGCUAAGUACUUCCCAAACAGACAGCCCUUUCGGAACAGGAAGUGAAAUGUAUCUGCGCUCUCCUCAAAGCCAGGCUCCACUGACAAAAACAUUUAUUUUAUCUCACUGAAUACUGGAACCACUGGUCUACUGCUGCCUUGAUCAUUUAGUUUGUUUGUGUUAUUGUGUGACUUUGAUGCUUUAAAGGGUUAUUUCAGAUUCACCAAAGUCAAAAAAUAACACAAACCAGCUACCAGUCGAGGAAGUGGUAGACUAGCUAUAGCUUCUGUUUUCAGUGAGGUAAAUUUAAUGUUUUUGUCAGUGGAGUCUGGUUUUGAAGAGAAUAUAAAUAUGUUUUUACUUUUUGUUCAGUUCUCUGUUGAAAAGGGCCAUCACUUUCGGAAGUACUGAGCAUACGGCCGGACAAAUGAGACUUGGAUUACACUGCACGAGAUGCGUGAGAGUUCGUAAACAAAUGUAUCGAUAUAGUUCUGCUGUUGCUAAAUGUGGACCCCGCUGACCUUAACUCAUCAAGAACUUUCACUGUUUUUCAAAUCUUUGCUCACUGGUGCCAUGCGAGAGAGUUUUAUUUACAAAUUCAGUGAGGAAAAACAAUGUACCAUGAGUUGAGUAAAUGAUACACAAAUGAUCAUUUAGGGGUUGAAGUAUUCCUUUAAGACCUUCGGAGACAUUUCUCUCAAUCUACGAUAUGCUAUAGGAUCAAAGAAAGAUUAGGGAUCUCACUAUGGCCCAAUAUUCUUCAUGAGACAUUAGUAAUAAUCAGUGCAUCUUUACAUUUUACCACCCAUAAUCUUUAAAAGUGUCAAAAUCAAUCUGUCUCUCAGUUACAGUUACUUUAGCCUACUCUGUAAGUGAAUAUCACACGUCAGUUACAAAAAAGAUGCUGGUCUUGACUUUUCUUUCUGCUCUUGUGUCAAAAAUAUACAUAAAAGGGAAAUGAUAUCACAUUAUCAGAUUUGAAGAAUGCUGUCAACACCAUGUUUUGCAGGUGUGGACUUGGCCUGCCAGCAAAGACUGUUAUUUAUAUAAAGAUAUGAUGACAAGACUACUCACUUCCAUCUCUCUCAGAAGCACUUUGGAUACGAUGGCUGCCGUUGGCUUCCUCAAUAGCUUGGCAAGAGAACACUUUUGCGGUUGUCUGUUUCUAUUAAACCAAAGGAGAAACCUUUUUAAACAUGACGUUGUUUGGUAUCGAGAAAAUGUAUAUAAUGUAUUUUGUUUAUCUGUUAUGAUAUACAGGGCUAAUGUAAUAAUGCACUUUGGAUGUUAGCUUUAGUUUGAUACUGUAUUUGCAUAUGUGUGUGUGUGUGUGUGUGUGUGUGUGUGCGCGUGUGUGUGUGUGAGUGUGUGUGAAAGUGUUGAGUAUGUGUUUGUGCAGGUUGGCCAGUUAUCACCGUAUCCUUCAGUUGACAGUACCCUCUAUAUAUCUCUGGUUGCUGUCUGACGCUAAACUGCAUCAUGUUGGUUAUUAAAAGCACACUGCUCUUUGACUCUCUGUCUCUGUGUGAGGCAGACAAGAUCUUUCAUUUGUUUCGUUUCCAGAGGAAGUAUUUUUCCCAUAAACCUGUCAUGUCAUCUCAUUUACACUUACGUUUUAUUACCAGACAAUGUACAGUAAGUAUACUGAACUAUAAUAAUACAUUGCCUCCACUUGUUCUGUUAGGCUGUUUGUCUCUGAGUGUAGGAUCUUAUCCUACCCUUAAGGAUUCAGUAUCGUCUUGUUUUGAUCUCACUGUUGGUGAUGUUUGUGUUUCAGGAAGCUAUCAUGAUUCAGAUCUGGCUGUUACAUACAAUACCUGCUUUAUGGCAGCAUUUUUUUGCAGGGCCCAAAUCCAAUGACCACCUUGAUUAAUGACAAGUUAUAGGAUGGCUAUGUUGUGGGCAAUUUCUCCCAAGCCCUUUAUAUAAUCACUGUGUGUGCAACUUUAUUUGGUAACAUUUCAUCUAGACCGGUAUGAUUUUAAUUCCAAAGUGAAAUAUCCGCCAUUCAAAGAACACUGGUAUGCAUAUAUAUAUAUAUAUUUAGUAGACUUUAGUCAGAUUGUUUUUUAAUAUUCAUUAAAAGCAUUUUAGAAAGAAAUCACUCACCCAUUUUAAGCCUAAAUCCAUUUGUAUGACCCAGUAUACAGCAAUCAAACAACUGAGAUUAUUUCAUGUAUUUAAUAGUAGAAUGACAUAAAUAACAACAACAAAACCUCACACACACACUGAUUAUGAAAGGAACAUAUCUUAUCUGGCACAACAGUAAAUAUAUGUACAUGGUAAUCAUGAUGCUUUUCACUUAGUUAUUAUUGCCGUAACUUUGAUUGUGUUAAUAUAAGGCAUCACGAUGGUGGUAAUUAUCACAAAUAAUAGAACUACAGUAGUCGCAUAUUAUGAUGUUUGUAUGAUGUUUUGGGCUGAUGUUACAAUUUAUAGCUAUAACUUCGGUAAUUCUCCAUUAAAGGUCCAGUGUGUAGUGUUUAGGAGAAGCAGAAAUUGAAUGUAGUAUUUAUAACUAUUUUUUAAUUAGUUUAUAAUCACCCAAAGCUGUCUUUUUGUUACCUUAGAAUGAGCUGUUUAUAUCUACAUACAGAGCGGGUCCUCUUCUACACUAGACCAAAACAGGCAAACCAAACACUGGCUGUAGAUAAUGCCAUUCUCGUUUUCUCUAUGGCCACUAUAGUUCUCCUCAGUUCAGUUGAUUAUAAUAUGCAACCUCACCACUAGAUGGCACUAAAUCCUACACACUAGACCUUUAAUGGGAAUAUGUGAGUGACUCGCCAAAGUCACAAUGCUGUCUGCUUUUGCGUAUGUUUUUAUCUGACCUGUGGAGUGACCAUUUCAAUAUCUGCAUCAUGUUACAUUAAGCACAUUCCAAAUAAUUUUGGACAACAUCUUAAUCAGGUUUGGUGGAAAACAACAGAAUGUAGCAGUAAAAGAGCAGCAGGGAGGACUACACAUAUAUACACGUUUUACCAGAAUGGAAAUAGUUACAGCUAUGCAAAUCAUCUUUGGCCAACAAGGUUCUGUUUGUGUCAAACUUACCACUGAUUUGUCAUCUAUUUAAAGAUAUUCUGUCAUGUUUGCUUCACCUUUCAUUAUGCUCUGCAUUUUUGUAUCCUUCAGAAGUCAUUUCAUAUCUGGCUAUGUUGAAUUUUCAUUUAGCAUAAAACUACCGUGUGUGACUCACAUUCGAAACACUAUUCAAAUAAAAAAG